CUGAAAACUGAAGGCUCUGCCUCCCAUUCUACCUUUAAUCCCCAAAAGUUGAAUGUGUUCAUCUGGACCCCAUGGGUUCUCCAGGGUUAAUAUUGAUAUUGACAUCAUACUUGGAGAGCUGUCAGUAUAUUUCUGUUAUAUCCCCUGAUGUAAAAUGUUCUGUUCUUAUUUAAACAGCUAACUGAAUUUAAUCUAACACUAAAAAUUCACGAGGAAACAUUUUCCCUGGGAACAAAAACAGCAUGGUAAUACGUGGAGAUCCUGAAAAGUGCUCCAACAAUGAUCACAUUAUAUUUGAAAUAUUUGUUCAGUUCUCUUCCAAACCCCAGCAGCUGUGUGCUGUAGGUUUGAGUGUUUACUAAAAUAGAAAUAAAAGCGUUCUAACCUGUUUGUUUCAGGCAUACAUGUGUACUAUGUUUAUUAAGAUGGAUUAAGCUUGUGUUUCAGUCAUGUAGUGAUUGUGUUUAACUGUAUGAAGUUUAUUAGACAUUAUGAAACAGACAAUACAGAAAAGCCAAUUUUGUCAAAGUCACUUAAAAAAAAAAGAGAUUUAACUACAUCAUGUGUAAUUUCCAUUCCAAAUAUUAAUCACAGUUCAGAGGGGGCGGCAGUAAAAACUCCUGAUGUCAUGAAGUACACCGCUGCUCCAAUUGUAGAAUGAUUGUCAAGUCAAGUCAACUUUAUUUGUCAAUUCUGCCACAUGUACAGGACAUACAGAGAAUAGAAAUUUCGUUACUCUCAAACCCUAGUGAUUAAAAAAUGCAAAUGAAAUAAUUAAAAAGUAUUGUGCUGCAUUCUCGGAAAGCCUGGACUCCCAUGUGAACUUAUGAAGAAUGGACUUGCAUACUUGAGAAUGGAAAAACGGCCCCGGUUAGAUACCACAUUUGGAAGAUGGUACAUCAGGAUUCAGUGUCCCUAAACUCCCUUAAAAUGCUGUUAAAGCUUGGAGCUCUUCCAGACUGGGACCUCUGCCAGAUGCUCCCAGCCGACACUCAUAUGUUUGAAUGGGCCAGGCCUUCUCCACCAUCUGGUCCAUCUCACCCCUAGGUAGCAAGUGAAAACCAAGCUUCACUUGCUGAGUGUACAAGGUGUAGAGCUGCAGGUCUUGUGAUAUGAUUACAAAUACCCGAACAUCAGUUGGGUUCACAUAAGGUAGAUCGUUCUUCCCAAACACCUUUCAGGGACUGCAAGAUGGCUGAGUAUUCUGAACUAUUGUUUGUGGUACAAAGCAAAACCAACAAUGAGGACCCGUUAAUUGGUCCAGGGAAAAAACUUCCUCAUCCUCUGGAGAAACCCAAUAUCCAAACACAGAGCUGGGGCCAUAUAUAUAAAAGUAUACCCACCCCUGUUCGCUGCCUCUCAACAAGAGAAACAGAGAAAGAGAGAAAGAGAAAGUAGAACAGAGUCCAGCCUUAAUCCAAGAAACUGCUUCUAACAUGACCUGUUUGUUGAGGUGAACCCAAAUAUUUCUAGCCAGUACUGGUAAUUCUACAUCAGCCGCAGGUUUUCUCAGUACUAUAACUUCACUGCAGUGUGUAAACAGAAGAUUCCAUCAGAAACCGGGGUGCUAUGAUGUGUUGCAAUAAGUGAUAUGAGACCAGCUGAUCCUGAUUCACUGUACCGCAUUCUGUCAUAGAUCAAAGAUGGAGUCUGAACCAGACCAGCCAGCUUUAUCAGCUCCAUCCGCAGAGGAUGAGCUCAGCAGGGUACGGUGCAGCUUUGUUUGGAGGGUUUCAAAAGAAAUCGUCACACAGCUCCUGGAGGCUCUGGUAACGGACCGUGUCCUGAAUGAUCUGGAGAAAGCAUCAAUAGUGGAGGGGAACUCGGUCACAGCAGAUAAGGCUCGUGACUUGAUUGACACAGUAAAGAAAAAAGGAGGAACUGCCUCCAGGAUAAUGAUCAGACAUCUUCAGACCAUAGAUCCGACUCUCUCCUCUGAGCUGCAUUUGUCCUUUGAGCCAUCUGCGCAGCCAGAGACUCUUCAGGCCUGUCACCUCAAACUCAAUUCAAACCUGAAACAGAAGUUCCAGUGUGUGUUUGAGGGGAUCCCUAAAGCAGGAAACCCAACCCUUUUGAAUGAGAUCUACACAGAGCUCUACAUCACAGAGGGAGGGACUGCAGAGGUCAAUGAUGAACAUGAGGUCAGACAGAUUGAAACAGCAUCCAGGAAACCAGACAGACCAGAAACAACCAUCAGACAAGAAGACAUCUUUAAACUCCCACCUGGAAGAAAAGCACCAGUAAGAACAGUGCUGACAAUGGGAGUGGCUGGCAUUGGGAAAACAGUCCUAACACAGAAGUUCACUCUGGACUGGGCUGAAGGUAAAGCCAACCAGGACAUCCAGUUCAUGUUUCCAUUCACUUUCAGAGAGCUGAAUCUGCUGAAAGAGGAAAAGUUCAGCUUGGUGGGACUUGUUCAUCACUUCUUUACUGAAACCAAAGAAGCAGGAAUCUACAGCUUUGAAGACUUCCAGGUUGUGUUCAUCUUUGAUGGUCUGGAUGAGUGUCGACCUCCUCUGGACUUCCACAAAACUACAAUCCUAACUGAUGUUACAGAGUCCACCUCAGUGGAUGUGCUGCUGAUAAACCUCAUCAGGGGGAAACUGCUUCCCUCUGCUCGCCUCUGGAUAACCACACGACCUGCAGCAGCCAAUCAGAUCCCUCCUGACUGUGUUGGCUUGGUGACAGAGGUCAGAGGGUUCACUGACCCACAGAAGGAGGAGUACUUCAGGAAGAGAUUCAGAGAUGAUGAGCAGGCCAGCAGGAUCAUCUCCCACAUCAAGACAUCACGAAGCCUCCACAUCAUGUGCCACAUCCCAGUCUUCUGCUGGAUCACUGCUACAGUUCUGCAGUUUGUCAUGAAGAACAAAAAGAGCGAAGAUCUGCCUAAGACUCUCACAGAGCUCUACAUACGCCUUGUGCUAUUUCACCUAAAAACAAAGGACAUCAAGUGUGAUAAAGCCACAGAUCCACACUGGAGUCCAGAGAGCAGGAAGAUGAUUGAGUCUCUGGGAAAACUGGCUUUUGAUCAGCUGCAGAAAGGAAACCUGAUCUUCUAUGAAUCAGACCUGACAGAGUGUGGCAUCGAUAUCAGAGCAGCCUCAGUGUACUCAGGAGUGUUCACACAGAUCUUUAAAGCUGAUGAGUAUGACAUGUUUUCAGAAACAGUCUACUGCUUUGUCCAUCUGAGCAUUCAGGAGUUUCUAGCUGCAGUCUACAUGUUCCACUGUUUCACCAACAGAAAGACAGAGGUGCUGGAAGAGUUCCUGGGAAAAGACUGGGAACAUAAAACAGAGGUGCUGGAGAACUUUGUGGGGAAAGACUGUAAGGAUUAUCUAUUUGAUUCUUUAUCUGAUGUUGAUGAUGGUGAUGAUGAUGAUGAUGAUGAUGAUGAUAAAAUCUCUCCUGACAGAAGCAUCAACAUCUUCCACUGUCUGAUGGAGAUGAACGACCUCUCAGUACAUCAGGAGAUCCAAGAGUUCCUGAAGUCAGAGAACAGAUCAAAGAGACUCUCUGAGAUCCAGUGCUCAGCUCUGGCCUUCAUGCUGCAGAUGUCAGAGGACGUUCUGGAUGAGUUGGACCUAAAGAAGUACAACACAUCGGUGGAUGGACAACGCAGAUUAAUUCCAGCUGUGAGGAACUGCAGAAAGGCUCGGUUAAGGUGGUGUGGACUGUCAGAGUCUCACUUUCAAUGUGUGACCUCAGCUCUGAAAUCCAACACCUCCAGUCUGAUUCAGCUGGACCUGAGUGGAAACACCCUGGAUGGUUCAGAACUGAAACUUUUGUGUGCUGGACUGAAGAGUCCAAACUGUAAACUGGAUGCUCUGAGAUUGGAGCUCUGUGGUUUGUCCGAGAUCAGCUCUUUGGUCUCAGCUCUGAAAUCCAACCCCUCCCAUCUGAAACAUCUGGACCUGACUGGAAAUGAGCUGCAGGACUCAGGAGUGAAGCAGCUGUGCAGUUUUCUGGAGAGUCCACAUUGUACACUGGAGUAUCUGAGGUCAGACACCAUGUGUUAGUUGUGAUGAGAUGUGAAAGUUGAGGUGUCAGUAAAUGCGUACACAUCCUGGUAAUA